ACAAAUUAUUUGUCGUUCGUUGUGAAUAUUUAGAAUAAAAUAAAUUAGAAGUUUGCUUUGAAUUUGUAUAACACAAAAAAUAUGUAAAUUAAUAUUCGUAUAAUAUAUUUUGGUAUUUUCCGGCGCAAAUUAUUGGAAUGUAGUGCGGAAUAUUUUGAAAAGCGAGUUGCGGUCACACUGCCAGCGAUUGCAGGCAUCCACAGAUUGUUUUACUACACACUGCAGUUAAUUUAAUAGCUACAACUUGAUCAAAAUGAGCAAGGAAAUUAGUUUGGCCACCGUUAAGGAGCACAGCAAACCCAACGAUCUGUGGAUUGUGAUUGACAAUAAAGUCUACGAUGUGACCAAGUUCCGACUUGAACAUCCUGGUGGCGAGGAUUCGUUGACAUCGGUGGCUGGAACCGAUGCAACCACGGAUUUCAAUGAUGUGGGCCACAGUGCGGAAGCACGUGAGCUACUAAAGAAAUUCUAUAUUGGCGAUUUGGCUGCCAGUGAUAUUAAAAAUAAGAAGCCGCCAGUUGGUUGCAGAGAAAUUGGCAUCGCUGUGGGCGCUAUUUUAUUGGGCAUGGCCCUUGUCUAUGUGAUCAAGCGUGGAACGGCCAAAAACUGAAGAACUGACGAUGAUCAGCGGACCAAAACAAACAAACAACUUACAAUAAACAAAAAGGAUAUUAUUCAGUGUGUGCUUAACCUCAUUCCGUGCUGACCA